UGGCGCGGUGUGACGUCACACGGGCUGUACCGUUCACCGUCUGUGUGACUCUGUGCUGCAGUUUAACUUCAAGAUUUAUUUCUCUCCGUGCGGUUUUUCUUUUUUUUAACGGAAACCGGGAAACAUGUCGCACACCGUCAUCACCACGACGACCACGACGACGCGGAGCUCCGGGGACGGGUUCCUGAACAUGGGCUACACCCGGACCAUCCCGGGACUGCUGAAGAUCGGACAGAUGGUGGCGCUGCUCGUGGCCUUCCUGUGCGUCCGCUGCGCCCGGGGCUGGCCCAGCUGGGCGGCCUUCCAGUACUUUGAGGUGGUGUCUCUGUGGUUCCUCAUCGCGCUCCUCAUCUUCUUCCUCAUGCACCUCUUCAGACUGCAGGGGAGGAUGCCCUGCAUCAACUGGCCUCUGACGGAGUUCUUCCAUUACUCCGUCGGGACUGUCCUCAUCCUCAUCGCCUCCAUCAUCGCAGCCGUGAAGAGCGGAGGAGUGUCUGCGCUGGUGGUCGCCUCGGUGUUCGGCUUCAUAGCCACGUUUCUGAUGGCCGUUAGUUUGUGGACGACUUACAGUGUGACCUGUGGCGUUCAUCAGACCGGAGCAGCGGUGUAAAGGAUCCAGACGGCUGUGUGGGCAGUUUGCUGUGUCCUGCUCUUUUUUCUGCCCGGCAACAACCUGGAGAGUCAAACCUGAUUGGAUUAUUAUUCUACUUCAGAGGUAACAGCUGAUCCAGGACCAGCCCGUCACAUUUUCAACAAUCUGAAACUAAAACACCCCGACGAUCGUCACGGCGACGGCCUGAGAGGACUGUAGUUCCACUCCGACGUCCAGACUCCAUUUUGUUCUCUGUCCUGUUCAAGGUGCUCAGUGUCACAUUUUACACAUCGCCGUGUCGGGGGAAAACAUUUCUUAGAAUCAGAGUUAACGAGUUUCCCUGCGACACAAACAAUCAGUCACAUGGUAUCAAUGUAAUGACUACAUUUCCCAUAAUCCUUGCUGCUCCCCACCCUGACUCUCCUCUCUGACACGGCCGUCUUCUGUCUCCUCCCACCGUCUGCUGUUCUUCCCGCUGUGUCUCUGUGUCGCGUCUUUGAAACACGUUUACAAAGUUAGCUUCAUUUGUUUUAUCUUCCAUUCCAACUUUUUCUUAUUCUACUUUAAAUAUUCCUCGAGCUCAGUCGAAGCAGUCUGGACCACUUUUAAAAAAUAUCACUUUUCUUAAAACCGCCAAAAACACAUCGUGCACAGUAACGCCCUGUUAGCUUGGUGUGCUAAUGUCUGUUAGCACACUCAAAUACUAGCGCUGUUCACAUGUCAACAUUUAAGUGUGCUCACAAACAUGAACAAGCUAAUAAAACAACAUGCAUGCUAAUGACUUUGUUAGCAUGCUAAAGCAUUUCUCAGGGCUAAAACUAAUGUGUGCUAAAAUACAAUAGCAUGCUAAAUCAAUGAAAUGCAAAACAUUAGCAUGCUAACAAUGCAAAACAAACAGAAACAAAAAAAGAAGAAAAAGUGCUCAGUGUUUAAAUUCUCCGAUCAGACUCGUUGGUUUCGGCUCUGCACACGAGAUCUCCAAAAAAAUACAGAAGAGCAGAAACAUCCUCAAACUGGAGUUUAUCUGCUUUUACUUUGAAAGAGCUACUUCUUCCUUCAUGUGGGUGAAACAGCCCCGAGAUGAAAAUCUGUUUACAAAUCAGCAGCCAUGAGUUCAGACUGUUUGCAUCAUUUAUUACCGUUUACAACGUGUUGUUUAGGACCUACACGACUGUCCUUGGUGCUCUGAAGAACAAACACAAAGGAUUAAAAUCAAAUCUUUAUUUCACACACUCUGAAAGCACAUCAGUGACAGUUUGAAAAACGAUACUUAAAGGAGGCAGGGACUCCGUUCAGAGGGCAACAUGGUCCAGAAAACUACAGGGGAGGAAAUCUGUUUACACAGAGUCAAACAUCAAAUAUGCACAAAUAUCAAUACAGCCAACCAGAACCAAUUAAAGGUCUCAUGUCCUCCUCCUCUUCUUCUUCUUCAGUUUAAAUAAGUGUCAGAGCUCCUCAAAACAUGUGUGUGAAGUUUCUUGUUCUAAAUCCACUCUGAUCCUGUAUUUGAUCAUGUCUAUAAACCCCUCUAUUUCAGCCCUGCUCAGAACAGGCUGUUUCUGUGUCUGUACCUUUAAAUAUGUAAAUGAGCUGUGUCUGACCACGCCCCCUCUCUGGAAGGACUUGGGUGUACUCGGUCUUUCUCGCUCCAUGUCCUAUUGUUUACGGUGAGAAGGCAGACUCAGAGGGCAGAACAAACACCUAGCUGUGGGAGUGUCACCCACCUGGGGGAGGGGCUACUGCCCUUUGUGAUGUCAUGAAGGGAAAAUCUCCAAACGGCCUGUUUGAGCACACAUUUUCUGAAAAGUGGAGCAGGCAGAAGACGGAGAGGAUGGACUUUUCUCAUCUUUGGGGGGUUUGUAGACGGACUAGAGACACAUGUUAGAGUUAGAGGAACAUUUUGAAUAUGUGACCUUUAACGAAGAAAAUGUUAGAAUCCGUUAUUCACACAUGGACGAUCCACGUUUAAUUUAAUUAAACACAUUUUCACACAGUUUUUACUUCAGCACGAGUUGAAUCUUCAGAUUAAUCUGUCGGUGUGAAAUCACCUCGUUGAUCUACGUUUUACAGAUUUCCUGCUGUGUAGUUUUCUGACCAAUCAGAGGCUCUGUGACAUCAAACAGAGGUUGACACGUCGCUGGAAGAAUUGAAUGAUUUAGUUUGUUUAUAAUUCUACAAAUACGCUGAAGGCCUGAACAUCCAAUCCAAACAAAGUCCAGAGAGUGAGCUACGAGAGGCUGGAGUAAAGGUGACUCAGUUAUCUAAGAUGUUAAACGUCUAGAAUAAAAAACAGACUGAAGCAGCCUCCGAUGGUUUCAGCAGCUGGAGCCGCUCUGUCUCUGAGAAAUGUUUGUAGAAUUAAAAAGUCAAACGAGUUGUUUUAAAUGUUCUUCUGGCAGACGGAGAGUGUUGCCUGUGAUUUACUGAGACGUUCCUGCAGCUUCCUGUUAAAAUGUCAAAGUAAACUCGUUAAUCCUCAGAUUACUGCCUUACUGAUGAUCAGAUGCCAAAAACAAACUGAGUGUGAUGCUUCAGAUUUUGCACUGGCCCCGCCCCUCUCACUCGCUCUGAAGCAGGACGAUGAUUUAUGUCUAAUUGGCUUGAAAUUGAAUGUUUCACUCUGACUAUGGACAUGUCACAGUUUAGGUUAACUGAACAAACUAGAACGAUUUUGUUGUCUUUCUUCUGGUGCGUCCCUUAAAGCCCGACACACUGCAGUGCUGACAGACAUCUGACACUGUGAGAGACGGCCGCGAUCCAAACCUCUGUGAGACCGAGCGACAUCGCUUUUAAAACUGCACAAAACUGCUGGAAAUACAAAAACCCAGACUGACCAGUCUGAGGCCGCUCCUAUGGAUCAUUUCUUGGACCAACAUCCUCUUCGCUCUGCUCACCGUGUCUGCUGAGUGAAAACGAUCUUAAAUAAAAAACAUUAAGUAAUAACGAUGGUGACCAGAGACAAAAUAUGAAUGUUUGAAGGUCUUCCUCAGAAAUCGAUGUCCUUUAGAAGGCAACGAGGCAUCAGUAGAUCAGAUCGGCUCCAAUCCUCUGCUGCCUCGCCAAACGAGGAACCUUUAGUUUCACCGCCGUCGUUUUGUAAAGUUAACUCCUGAAACGUUCCACAGAGUUCAUAAUCGAUGGUUAAAGUCGGUUCUCUAAGAUUUCUGUCACGAUCGUCGACUUCGGUCUCAGACGGGUCUGAAGCCCUCAGUGUGCCGGUCCUCCUCAUUACAAGUAUUCAAAGCUGUUUUCUACAUUUCACCUUCAGGUCUCUGUGACGGUCCAAGAUGUUCAUGCUGUGUAUUUGCUGCUUCACCAUAUUAUAUUUUUAUAUUUGAUUUGGACCCGUUUGACAUGUGUGAGCUUUUUUUUAUCUGAGUUGACGAUGCACUGAUAAAAUGUCUUUAAUGUGGAGAUCAUUAAAGCUGAACAGAGACGAUGAGAAACACUCGACCAAUCAUCCGCUGAGAUUCAUCCGCUUCUUUUAAGAUUUCUAUCAUUGAACUUUUGAUAUGACAGGUUUUUUAUCGGUGCAUCUUUUCUUCUUUGACCCUGAAGGUUGUUUUUUUUUCUGCCUUGAAGUUCGGUGUUGAACCAGAAAAAAUCUGUUCAUCUGUUGCGACUUUCAUCAUCAUGUUUCCAUCUGAAAAGACGCAAACCAUGAAGACAGAUUUCUUCUGGUUCCACAGCUGGCGACAGCAGAGCGUUUACAUGAUUUAUUUAAGCUUGUGUGUUUUUUCUGAUGCUUGUUGAUGCUUUUCUCACUGAUGCUAAAUGUCCUGAUGUAAGGCUGUUUGUCCACUGGGACGGAAAGUAUUCUGCUGAUCCAUGAAUGUUUUUGGAGGCUGGAAGAGUUUGUUACCUGAAGAAAGCUGGAAGGGGAAACUCAUUGAACAGUCUAAAAUCUAAGAGAAAUUCAAUAUCCUAAAUAUCACAAACCAGCGAGGCUGCAGUUCAACAUGUUCUCUGUCAAGAGACACAGCAGAGAUUUAAGAUUUAAGAUUUACCUUUAUUGAUCCCCGCGAGGGGAAAUUUCAGUUUUUACACUCUGUAGUCAUGAACACACACAUGCAGAAACAGAAUCCUAUGAACAUGCACUAAUGGAGAGAUGUCAGAGUGACGGAGCGGCCCACAGCGGGCGCUCCUGAGCUGAUGGUGGGGAGGGGGGUUUGGUGCCUUGCUCAAGGGCACCUCGGCAGUGCUCAGGAAGUGAUCUGGCACCUCUCCAGCUACCAGACCAACUUCCAUAUUUGGUCCGCACUGGGACUUGAGCUGGCAACCCUCCAGUUCCCAACCUAAGUCCCUACAGACUGAGCUACUGCCGCCCAGAGGGGAGAUUGUCCACUCUUUGAUUGCUUUAAUCUGACGUAGUGGAGUUCCCUCAGACCCAGACGUUGCUAAAAUAUUGAGUCCUGGCGAAUGGGAUGGUCAUGAGGUCAUGGUGACCAUGGCGUUUAGACUGCGGCCUCCAAAAUGGGAGAGUCCAACUGGACGGAGGGGUGUCACAAUACCAGAUUUUUAAACUUCGAUGCAACUCUAAUUAAAAAUCAAAACAAUAUCCAUACCUGUUGGUUACCACGGCAACAAAAAUAGAAAUCCUAGACGACCAACAUUUGGUCACUUCUUGUAUUAAGGUGGCAGGUUUACUCUUGCACGCAUUCACAUUUGAAGGCCGGUGGACUCGGUGGGAUUCAGGGGUGAAGUUGUAACAUUUGGUUCGUCAAGUGCACCAUAGCCUUUCAAAGGUUUUGUACCGUAGCCACACGCCACUAGUUGUGGCUGUAGCUCCGCUCAUUGGCUGCUGCCAUCCAGCCAAAUGCUGAAGUAUGACCCCCAAGUAAACAACAGGACAGUGGAAGAAUGGCAUCCAGCAGGGCGGCGCAGUUUGUCAGUAUUUUGAUAUUUGAAAUAGAGAUAAAGUUGAAUCUGGGCUGUGUUGGUUAAACUCGCCUAUCGACCGGAGCGAUGUGUAACCACAUUUAGCUCAGGCAUGUGCACGUUAACCUGCAGGGAGGACCGAAGGCUGGUGUUCUAUAUCAAUGCUAACGUUAGCCACGCAAGUUAAACCUCUUACUAUAUUACGUGUGUAGCGCGACAGCGGUGAGAAAAUCGUAUCACAACAACGGUUUAUUUAUCUGCGUUCUUCCUCGUCCUUUUCCGGUUUCCCCCUUUUUGGAAUGUCGAUUACAGACUACCGCCCCCUGCUGGCACGGAGAGUUAUUUCCUCUCCGUGGUGGUUGGCCGUCGGCUGUAGUCUUUGCGGCGUGUUCUAGUGCAACUUUUUGGUCAAGACAGAAGGCGGCGUGCGCCAACAUUACACUAGUUACCACCAGUUCUUUGCCGUCUGCUCGGCGUGUCAGAGCCUUAAUGAAUACUGGACAACAUGUUGAGACCACGUGGAGGAGAACUUCAAAACAAGAAAUGACCCAGCAUGGGCGCAGAGGACUUCUGUUUUUGUUGCCGUUGUCUCAAACAGGUUCUGAUACCGUGACAGAUGAGACUUAACAGUUUAUAUCUUCAGCUUUCUUUCUGUAACAAAUGAAAUGAAGCUCUGAGUGUCUGAAACUUAGAAGUGACAGUCUCAGUUUUUGGAUCAGCAGCCGGAGCCCAGUGGACUCUGAUGGUUCAGAUUAUAUCCAUUUGUCUCCAAAGUGCCUUAAAGUUCUGUGUAUGACCCUCGGUCUGUUGACCUGCAGGAUGGCGGUCUGAGAUGCGCGACCCUCGGUCUGUUGACCUGCAGGAUGGCGGUCUGAGACGCGCGACCCUCGGUCUGUUGACCUGCAGGAUGGCGGUCUGAGACGCGCGACCCUCGGUCUGAGACGCGCGACCCUCGGUCUGUUGACCUGCAGGAUGGCGGUCUGAGACGCGCGACCCUCGGUCUGUUGACCUGCAGGAUGGCGGUCUGAGACGCGCGACCCUCGGUCUGUUGACCUGCAGGAUGGCGGUCUGAGACGCUGUCAGUGUGAUAGAAACUGAAGGAAAAGAAGCCGGGUGAUGUAAAAGGUGGAGGAGUGAUUUUGUUUAGUUUGAGAAGAAAAAGAUGUCCACAGUAUUAAAGCCACAUCACUAAGA